AUGUCUAAUCGAAAGCUAAAUUAUUAUUUUUUUUUCUUUCACCACAAGGGCACGGAGCUUGAUGUCAAUUUGCUCAAGGAAAAAUCAUCUGAUUAUGCAUUGGCCAAGGAAAUUGCCCUUAAAGAGGCUGGCCAAGUGAUAGACGUCGAAAAUAUAAAGCACAUAGUUGAAAAUAAGAAAGUGAUAGGGGAGGUUGUGGAGAAGGCUGCUACAGAUUGGAAUUCGGAGAAAGAAAUGCUGUAUGAAAGAACAGGUCUUCCGGUUGCUUUACCUCAAGACAACGAAGAAGAAGAAGAGAACGAGUAUGAAAGGUACAAUCAGAAUAUGCAAAAUGGCAAUAAAGAAGAAGAAGCUGAUACUUUUGGUAAGGAACUAGAAGUUUUAUUAACAAAAGAGGGCUAA